UAACACCACCACAUACCGUAUGAUAGAACCCUGAGUUUAGUGUCUUGUGGUAUUUCAAAGAAAUUGCGGCCCGUACUUAAAAUACCGACCUGCUGCUAUCGGGCCUUUCGUUGUUGCCAAAAUUCAGUUUUUUAGUUCCUAAAACCCUAGCAACCAUCCUAUAGUCACUCAAUCUUGUUUCCUUAUAGCAAAAACCGUGUUUGACGACCUUUUUCGUAAUUAAAAUCGAAUUAUUUUGGUAUCUAUUUACUACUGCAAAAGAAUGGUGCAGCACAAGGCCCAGUUGAAGAAGCAGCAAAAGCGCGGUGUAGACUUCAAAAAAAUAAGAAGAAAGGUUGGAAGAAAAUUGCCCCCACCAAAGAAUACUACCAACACUGAAGUUAAAUCAAAAGCAAUUAUAUUACCGGAACAAAGUUUGGCAUCCGAGAAGGCCGGGUUAGCCGUGAGCAAGAAAGGUUUGACUUUAAAAGAGCUGCUUCAGCAGACGUCUCAUCAUAAUGCAAAAGUUCGCAGAGAUGCAUUGAUCGGUAUUAGGGAUAUCUUCUCGAAUCAUCCAGCAGAACUGAAAAUGCACAGACUCACUGUUAUCGAAAAACUGCGUGAGCGCAUGAGUGAUGACGACAAAAUUGUGCGUGAAACCCUAUAUCAACUUCUAAAGGCAAUCGUAUUUCCCGCCUGUAAAGAGGAUAACCAGGGAACUUUUAUAUCUUUGAUGAUGGCAUACGUAUUCAACGCAAUGACCCAUCUGUCAAUCGAUGUCCGUUUGAUGGCUUUUAAGUUUUUUGAUCUGGUUGUCCAGCAUUACCCAUUGUCGUUCUCUAUGUAUGCCGAUAAGAUCAUCCAACAUUACAAAGAGAUAUUGCAGAAAAACCAGUUUAAUAUGCAUGACAAGGGAAAACUUAAGAGUGUUCUUGCUGGUUUGGCGCACUGUCUCUCUCUGUUGCCGUGUAAUAAUAGCUCGUCAACUGAUAAUAAUGCCAUUGCUGAUCGAAGAAUUUUGCAUGCUUUCGAGUCUCAAGUGCACGAAGAUCGUUCUGGGUUUUCAGUGACUGCAAUGGAACUGAAGGGCCUUUUGCCUAUUUUAGUUAGCGGUCUUCAGGAUUUUAUGCCUUCGGUUCUGACAAUGGAAGCACAAACAUAUGAUUGUGUUCUUUCUAUAUUGAAAAGUAUAGACGUUGUUGUCAAAUUCUUCGUUUAUGGGAAGGGCACCAGAACUGAUCAAGACGUGUUGCAAACGCUUUUGAAGAAGUUAUUUGGUGUCUUUCCCCUUCACCCCACACAUCAGUCAUCCGAGAAGGGUGAUAAUAGGUACUUUAUCUUGAACGUCAUAAUAUCGGAGAUCUUUUUUUGCUUAGUUGACUGGUCAGCUCCCCCGUCUGCCUUUCUGGAUAAAUUUCUGGUGUUCGUCGUAGACGCGUUGUCCGAACGGGUAGGGCACUCUGGUAAAUCGUCGUUCCAGAAGCAUUCACUUUCACUCAUUCCUUUCAUUCCAAAACUGAUCAUGCAAGUGGACAACACAUGGAAACCACAUAUUCUUCAGGCUUUUACAGAGGCUUUCAAGAAGUGUGACCCGGAGUCUCCAAUGAAACUAGUUUGUCUUUCGGCUAUUGAAGAGAUGUUAUUUCCCAAGAACUGUUCGGUAUCUCUAAAUACAAGUGAUUCAGAAAUUGCCGACUUCCAAAUUAGCUGGAUUCGAGAAAUUCCUUUGUUGCUAACCCUCUUGGGUGAUAAAAACACAUCGGCAUCCAAGGCUGUAUUGCUUCUGCAACUUCACUUGGGGCAACGUGGAACGUUCUCCGAGGAGCUUGACAACAUGCAGUACUCGUUGAGAGAAUUUUACAGUACGCGCCCUCUCCAAGACGGGAAUAUUUCUUACGGUCCUUUUAUGAAGCUUGAUAGAGAGAUACAGGAACUUUCUAUUUGUUGCCUUUAUUACUUCUCGUUCCUGGACCCGUCUCUGCUUCAGUCCCUAGCUGCUUGUUGCUUGUGCCAUGAUCUGGAGCCGUCUCUCUUGUUUUGCAUAUUAGAAGUUACGAAUAGUGCUUUUAGAGCUGGACAUAUCCAGAUUGCCGACUAUCUUAGUUUUCUCAUCACAUUACUUUCGCGAUAUCAAGUUUCUUCCGAAAGCAAUUCACCCGCUGUUGACAAAGGCAGGAAGUCAAACGUGGGAUUGUUUCGGUCCGUCACUAGUGUGAUUUGCUCUUGUCUGCCUCAGAUUGGAGAUGAUCAUCUUGUGCUAAAGAUGCUAGAGGGAGCGGUUAUUGAUCAGAUCGCAAAUAAACCACCCUUGGCCUUGGAGAACACGUGCGCAUUGCUUAGAAUGAUCGUCACACUCGAUUCGAAUCCCACUAAACUUUCUGCACCGAGUGUUUCCAAACUAGCGAACGUCCUUCCAAGAUACCUUAUCCAUGUUUCUAGUCUCGGAGAAAAAGAUAUUGGGUCCGGUAACGCCAUUUGUACCAGCAGGAAUCGUUACUAUACAUUGCCGUGUUUUCUGUUGUUUCAUAGAAGUGAAAAGAUCUUAUAUGACGUGUUAAAUGGGAUGUCAUCUUUCAUCUCGGGACCGUCUUUUGAUGGUCAAAACGACCAUGAUAUGAACAACCAUUCAAUCAGGAUAGUUGCAGCUGUUAAUGUUAUACUUCUAAUGCAUGAGGAUGUUAGAGUUCGGGAAAUAUUAUUGCGUUACAAGAAAGAGAUCGGUAGCGUACUGCAGAAUAUUGUUAGAAUAAUGUCUGAUGAAGGAUACAAGUUGAAGAUCGAAGAGAAGCACAAAAUACAAUGUGCCUAUGAUCGAUUAAAGACCAUCACUACUAGAUGAAUUUAAUACGGUGGUGGUAUGUUGUAUGAUGCCCAUUAUAUGCAGGUUGGUAAGUUGCAAGACCACCUGUGGGCUAGAAAUGGACCAAUGCCUGUUUGAGUUUCUUUCGGUUAAAUUGACGUACAAAAUGCGGAAACUUGAAUCGUCACAUUGAUCAUUGAAGAGGCUUACAAGUGGAGGUGAAGGUAGAGUGGUUUGAUUAUUGUGGCUACUCAAAAAAGAACCCGUUCGUUAACUUUAGUUGUCAUAGAUAUCGGUUAUACUCUACACUAUUUACCUACUAACUUGUAAGUUAUCCAAUUUUGUAUAAUUCUUUUGAUGCUUCUCCGAAACAUUGCCAGUUUUUCAGUUUCUAAACAGAAACCGGAACAUCACUUGCAUAUUA